UUCUUCCAAGAUCAGAUCUAGAGUAUCACUGGAUUUUCCGAGGGAUUUUCCAAGAUUAUCUACUUUUGGAUUACCAAGGAGAUUCUACGAGAUUACAAGCCUGUUGCGAACCCCUUGACUAUCUAUGUUUUCUCCAUUGAGAUAUUAAGCAGAGUAAAUCUCUCGAUAUCUUUACAAUGGAGUGGAGCUUGUUAGCAGCUGCACUUCUUUUAAUCCUUCUUUUUAAUACUAAUCAAUCGUGUGACAUUUCUAAUCUAAUUAGUUUUAUACCAGAUAUUAGGACGUGCAACAAUUCAAUUCUUACUAUAUCUUUUAAUUUCACGAAUGCAACUUGUGCCAGCUACGAAUAUCAAAUUGAGCUCAUUCAUUUGCAUACUCAAGAGAUAAAACGCUCAACACAGAAUCCCAAACCUUUUUUAUACAAUGGAACUAACAUUUGUCAUAUUUCUCUAACUUUGACCGAUAAUGUCACUGCUGAAGAAUAUUAUAACAGCUCGCUUCAUGUCAGGGUUGAUAAAUACCCGUCCUGUUUUCUUUCAAAUAACUUCACUGUAUCAGUUGAUAAGGAUCCCCCGGGGUCAUUUUUAAUUUACUCUGCUGUCUAUUGUAAUGAAGUCUAUCUCUUUUGGUUAACUCCUCCCUCUCCACCCGCUUGUCUAAUUAAAUUUUAUGAAAUAAGGUUUAAUGAUACUACCAUCAUUACCAACAAGACUUACCACAAUUUUACUGAGCUGCCAGCUAAUCAAAGUAUGUCUGUGUCUGUAGGAGCCACUAAUGAUAUUGGUACUAGUUGGAAUUCUACUCUCAUUACUACUGCUAUUGCUCCUGUUGUUAGCAUGGUGAAUCACACUGUUGAGUUAAUACAGAUCAAUAGUACAUCUCUCACUGCAUGUCUGAGCAUUACUGCUAAGGUGUUCACUCAUUGCAUAUACUCACUUCCAACACACAUUAAUCUUUCUCUGUCAUGUGAUGAUACCUAUUACCACACCAUAACUAGUUCCAUUCUAUCAGUGAAUGGUCUCAUUGUGUAUAAUUAUAAAGAAGUUCCUGUUGACAUGCUUCACUGUACAGCUAAAGCAGUGUGGUACAACCUUAAUUCAUCUACUACAGAAUACACUUUUACUUUCAAUACAAGCCAAUUGUACAUGAAGAUAUUCCCAGUUUCUAAUGGCUUACACUACACUUGUUACUAUAGGGAGCACUCUAUUGUAUGGGGCUGUGGUAUCAGUGUUAAUAACAAUGCUUUUAAUACAACUCAAAGGAAUGCAAAGGAUGUCACAGAAGGUUGUGUGACUAGUCUUUGCCCUGGGACUAGUUACAAUGUCAUGAUGUAUUAUAUCUUGAGCAGUAAAGAUAGGAAGCAUGUGAUAGGGUUUAUGAAUGUAUCUGUAAAUGGAUCAACAUGUACUUCACCUGGUGCUGGAGGAGUUGGAGAAAAGAGUCACACGAUGACUCUUGUUGCUGUCAUAGUAUCGGUUGUUGUGAUAGUUGCACUGUUAGUAGUAAUAGGUGUCCUGAUUAAGUUGUUUGUGAAGAAAAAACGAUUAAAUGCAUGCAUAUCUAGAUUCAAAAGAAAAGUUAUUAUAGAGGAGUCUAUCGUUUUUGAUGGCUCAUCAGCUCAUGUUCAAAAUAAUGAACCUGUUGGUACAGCAUUAAAAAUGGAUGAUCGAUUUGACGAUAGAGAUGUUUGCAAUGAUGAAUCAGAAGAUCUUGUAGUCACAGUAUCACCACCUCAACCACGGCACCCUAUACAAGAGAGCAGUGAGACUCAGCCAUGCUCUCCUACACAUCGAGAAUCCACUGACCAAGGAAAGCUUCAUUUUGCUACUAAUCAACCUUUCACAAGAGCUAGUGCUUCUGGACUUAGAGUAAUUCAGCGUCAGCGUUCUCAAGAAUCUAAUAAAUCCAAUAAAUCGCUCCCUCGAAUUGCCUCAAAAAUUUCACAAAAAGUUUUGAGCAUUGCAUCCCAUUUAUCUUUUCAUUCUGGAGGGUCAGGAUAUCAACAACUGUCACAGGACGAUGAGCUUUCGACUAUCCACUCUGAAAGACUACAUGAUUCUGGAGAUCUCGAGGGAGAUGUUCCCCCAUCCACAGACACUAGCACUGGUGUUAGUUUUAUGAUAGGAGGAGGAGGAGGAGAAGAAGAUAAUGAUUAAUUAUUGAUUUUAGACUAAUUAUUAUUCAUAGUCUUUUGCUUAUAAACACUUAGCCUACAAUUAAUAAAUUUAUUUGUUGCAUCA